UAAAAUAAAUAAAUAAAUAAAUAAAUUCUUUUUAAAAAAUAAAAGGGUCACUUGCUAUCAGGUGGCAUGGGGAAGGCCCCAAAAGUCUGAGGCCAGGAGGACCCUAACCUACUCUGAGCAGCAAGGGGAUGAAACCUGGUGCCCUUUCUGCUAGGGCCUGAGUGCUCACGGACUUGGGCUGUGGGUGCACUUAAUCUCCUGCUUCCUCUUAAGGGCAGGAGGGAGAAACCUGACUUGUUCUUCCCUUUCCCAGAACACUGAGUCCUUAACAAACACAUCUUCUUGCCUUCCUCUGUAGUGAGGGAAAGCUGGACACAGGACGGGGGUGCAGGCGUGUAUCCCAAGUCAGCCACACCCUUUCCUAUCAAGGGUGGGGUCUUCUCCAACACUCCGUUUCUCUGAGGAGAAAUGGAGUGGCUCUGGGAGUGGGGAGCAAGCGGUGAUAAAGGUGCCAAAGAAGGGAUCUCAGAGAAAAGAAGAAGGGCUCAGAAGGAAUAAGAAUCUCUGAAGGGGUCAGAAAGGGUCUUCUGCCCUAGGCUCAUGCUUGGGGCAGGACCCCAAAGUGGUGAUGUCCAUUUGCCCACUCAGGUAAUUAGAACGCCUCCCUCUUCUUCCGGGGCCACUCUUUGUCUACAGAGUGCUCCAGAUCUGAUCCCUUCCCCCUGGGGUGCCCGCCCAAGCCCAGUCCCUUUUCCCGGGGCCUGACAGCUUCAGAAAUUGGGGGUAAGAGGAAGGCAGGAGAGAGUAGGGCUAGAAUGGUUCCAAUAGUGGGGCUGGAGGAGGGAGGAGCAUUUCCUGACCUGAGGGCACCGGCCUCUCCCCUUGUUUGCUCUGAGAUAGCCAGUCUCGCUCCGGCCCUGCACGAGGAGGCUGCCCUGUGGGCGCUGCCUUCCCUCCCCCAGACCCGGACGCCCAGACCGACGCACAGACGGCUGGACACGGCCAUGGCCCGGCUUCCAGGGCCCUUCCUCUGCGGGGCCCUGCUGGGCUUCGUCCGCCUGGGCGCCCCCGGGCUAGCCGUGGAGGUGAAGGUACCCGCCGAGCCCCUGAGCACCCCCGUGGGCAAGACCGCAGAGCUGACCUGCAGCUACAGCACGUCGGUGGGAGACAACUUCGCCCUGGAGUGGAGCUUUGUGCAGCCUGGGAAGCCCGUUUCUGAGUCCCAUCCCAUCCUGUACUUCACCAACGGCCAACUGUAUCCAACUGGUUCUAAGGCAAAGAGGGCCAGCCUGCUUCAGAACCCCCCCACAGCAGGGGUGGCCACCCUGAAACUGACUGACGUCUACCCCUCAGACACUGGAACUUACCUCUGUCAAGUUAAUAACCCGCCAGAUUUCUACACCAAUGGGUUGGGGCUAAUCAACCUUACUGUGCUUGUCCCCCCCAGUAGUCCCCUGUGCAGUAAGAGUGGUCAGACCUCCGUGGGGGGCUCCGCUGCACUGAAGUGCAGCUCUUCCCAGGGAGCCCCCAGGCCAGUGUACAACUGGGUACGCCUUGGAUCUUUCCCUACACCUUCUCCUGGCAGCAUGGUGCAAGAUGAAGUGUCCGGCCAGCUCAUUCUCACCAAUCUCUCCCUGACCAACUCUGGCACCUACCGCUGUGUGGCCACCAACCAGAUGGGCAGUGCGUCCUGUGAGCUGACGCUAUCUGUGACUGACCCAUCCAAAGGCCGAGUGGCUGGGGCUGUGAUUGGGGUGCUCCUGGGCGUGCUCUUCCUGUCAGUUGCUGUGUUCUGCCUGAUACGGUUCCAGAAAGAGAGGAGGAAGAAGCCCAAGGAGAUGUAUGGGGGUAGUGACAUUCGGGAGGAUGCCAUUGCACCUGGAAUUUCUGAGCACACUUCUGUGAGAGCUGAUUCUAGCAAAGGGCUCCUGGAGAGGCCCCCCUCUGCCAACAGUGUGACGACCACCAAGUCCAAGCUCCCUAUGGUUGUCUGAUUUCUCCCCCUACCCUUGAGGGGGAAUAUGAAGAAUUAAAGCCUUUGGGUACCA